AUGAUCAUUGCAUUCGCAAGAACAAGUAACUUAGCAGUGCCUCGCAGGGGAAUGGAGUUGAACUCACAUACUCAUAUGUGUAAGAUAAACAGACUUCCUUUCAUUAUCCUCUUCGAGAAAGACGACUUGACGGGCGUUCACGCCACAGAAUUCCGCAUUUACGAAAAUAUCCGUCUUCGGUGCCAUAAGAAAACGUCAAUGACAGUCGCGGGCAGCAUUCACUUCACAUUUGCGCAAAAGUCUCAACAUCACAAUCAGAAUGCAGUAGAGCCAACAGAAGUCCCAAAUUCAUGA